GCACUACUUCCACUACGUACUAAAAAUUUAUAGAGAUAAACAAAAUGGUGGCCUCGAAUGUAUCCGAAGCCGAAUCUGUUUACGACAGAGAACGACAACUAAAAGCUUUGGACGAAACAAAAGCCGGUGUCAAAGGACUUGCAGAUGCUGGUGUGGAGAAGCUGCCAGGUAUAUUCAUUCAUGAACAGCACAGGCUCAACAAAUACACCGUCCUCGAAUCCGACUCCAGCAUCCCAGUCAUCGACUUAGCCGACAUAGAUGAAUCCUCGAGUGCUCGUCGUGCCGUGAUCGAAAAGGUAAAAUACGCUUGCGAGAACUGGGGGUUCUUUCAGGUUGUCAAUCAUGGGAUUCCGGUGAGUGUUCUGGAUAAGAUGAUUGGCGAUAUACGUGCGUUUCAUGAGGGAGACCUUGAGAUGAAGAAAGAGUUCUAUAACCGUGAGUUCUUGAAUAAGAACGUGGUUUAUAAUACCAACUUUGAUCUCUAUCAAGUGUCUUCUUCAACCAACUGGAGGGAUACUUUGAAUGUCGUAUUGGCGCCUAGGGGUCCAAAACCUGAUGACUUGCCUGCUGUAUGUAGGGACGUUUUGCUGGAUUAUGCGGACAGAUUGAUGAAUUCAUUAGGGCCAACUCUCUUUGAAUUGGUGUCGGAAGCAUUAGGGCUGAAACCUAAUCACUUGAAAGACAUGGGCUGUAUAGAGGGAUUUUUAUUAGAAGGUCACUAUUUUCCAGCAUGCCCUGAACCAGAGCUAACACUGGGGACAAGUGACCAUUCUGAUAGUGGUUUCCUCACCGUGCUCCUACAAGACCAAGUGGGUGGACUACAAGUCCUCCAUGACAAUAAAUGGAUCAAUGUCAAACCCAUUCAUGGAGCUCUCAUCAUAAAUGUUGGAGAUAUGUUGCAGUUAAUCUCCAAUGGCAAGUUGUUGAGCGUCAUCCACCGAGUACGAGCCAAUAAUGUCGGACCAAGAACUUCUGUAGCUUCAUUUUUCCGGACACAUCUUCCACCGGAAAACAGUGCAAGAGUAUACGGACCUAUUGAGGAAUUGACAUCGAAAGAAAAUCCCCCAAUUUACCGAGAAACUACCAUAAAAGAUCUUGUUGAGCACUACUAUGGUAAAGGACACAAUGGUAUCUCUGCAUUGGAAUUUCUAAGGAUUAAUUGACUGAAGUAAAAAUAAUUUUCAUUUUAUGAUGUUAAAGUUUGUUUUGUGUAUUGGCAUGGUUUUGGAUUUGUGUGU